GAGAGGCGUGGCCAGACUGGGACGUUGUCUAUGUGCGUGCGCGUUUUAAUCAGCUUCGCUCUUUGAUAGAACCACAAAAGAGUCUCUUGCUCUCGACGGUUAUGGCACAAUUUGGUGCACCGGACCGCAGCGUCGGGGAGGGUGAUAACUGCAACAGUGGACCAGCUAGAUCGAAACGGAGCGAGUUGACGCGUGUUGCAUUUAUGGGACAUAAAAAAAAUCAGGAAGCAGCACUUCUUGGCAAGGGCCAACAGCCGACUCCACCGAUGAGGCCCCAAGAAACCCUCACAGAGGAGUGACUCCAACCCUGGCAAAAGAUCCCCGCCGAGGCCUCCCUUUGCCGUCAGGAUCUGCUCCGGCGGGAAUCGUUUCUUCCUGCCGUGGCCCCGGGAUCAUUCAAAACUGUUUCUCCAACGCUUGCACCAGAAACUUAGACUGUUUUCCAAAGCAGAGGCGGCCCAUCCCACCCAGGCCGAAAGGAUGGGGAGCGUACGAAGCCACCGCUACAGCAUUGUGUCCUCCGAAGAGGACGGCAUGAAGCUGGCCAACAUCGCCGUGCCCAACGGCUACGGCAACGGCGACGUCAACAAGGCCGAGCACCAGCGCCAGAGCCGCUUCGUGCGCAAAGACGGCCACUGCAACGUGCACUUUAUCAACAUGAGCGAGAAGGGCCAGCGCUACCUGGCGGAUAUCUUCACCACCUGCGUGGACAUCCGCUGGCGUUGGAUGCUUCUCGUCUUCUGCCUAUCCUUCCUGCUCUCGUGGUUAUUCUUUGGCCUGGUCUUCUGGCUGGUGGCGCUCUCCUACGGCGACCUGGAGGCAGAGAAGCAGAUGUGCGUCUCCAACGUGGACAGCUUCACGGCUGCCUUCCUGUUCUCCGUGGAGACCCAGACCACCAUCGGCUACGGCUACCGCUACGUGACCGAGGACUGUCCCGUCGCCGUGUUCAUGGUGGUCUUCCAAAGCAUCGUGGGUUGCAUCAUCGAUGCCUUCAUCAUCGGCGCAGUCAUGGCCAAGAUGGCCAAGCCCAAAAAACGGAAUGAAACUUUGGUGUUCAGCCACUACGCCACAGUGGCGAUGAGGGACGGCAAACUGUGCCUCAUGUGGCGCGUGGGCAACCUGAGGAAAAGCCACCUCGUGGAGGCUCACGUCAGGGCACAGCUCCUCAAGUCGCGGACGACGGUGGAAGGUGAGUUCAUCCCUCUGGACCAGGUGGACAUCGAUGUUGGCUUCGACAGCGGCAUCGACAGAAUCUUCUUGGUGUCUCCCAUCACCAUCGUCCACGAAAUCGAUGAGGACAGCCCCUUCUACGAGAUGAACAAGCAGAGGCUGGAGAUGUCCGAGUUUGAGAUCGUGGUGAUCUUGGAGGGCAUGGUGGAGGCCACGGCCAUGACCACUCAGUGCCGCAGCUCCUACGUGGCCAGCGAGAUCCUCUGGGGCCACCGCUUCGAGCCGGUGCUCUUCGAAGACAAGAACUUCUACAAAGUGGACUACUCGCGCUUUGACAACACCUACGAGGUUUCCGGCACGCCGCACUGUAGCGCAAGAGAGUUGGCAGAGAAGACAUCCAACGCCUGCAGCCCCAGGAACUCUUUUUGUUAUGAGAAUGAGGUGGCUCUGGAAAAGAUCGAGCUGGAGGAGGAAUUGGAGGAGGCGGCGGCGGAUCACGGCGCGACGAGGGACGCCGAGAAUUGCCCGCCCGAAGACGACAACGCGGGCUCAGACUUUGAACAGAAUCUGGACUCUCUAGAUUCAAGACCUUUGACUGCUGAAUCGGAAUUAUAACACUGCACUUUAAGAUAUAAUCAGGAUGGAGAAGGGUUGGAAAGUUUUCACCGCCCUUCACAACCCCAAAACAAUCAUGGGAAUGCAAAGUUAAGUCUACACUGUAGUGCAAUAGUUAAAACCUAGUGUAGCCCCCCACCCUCCUUUCUUUAUAGCAUUGGUGAGGAGCCUUUUUUUCUGAUGAGGGACCAUCGUUGUUUUUAUAAAGUCCCCGGAGGACUACACAAUAUUUAAAAACAUGCUCAACGAAAGGAUCAAACAAAUGUUUAUUAUUAGAAAUCACGAGCAUUUGUGAGUUGAAUCUUUCCUCUGAGGUUGUAUUUGAGAGACCAGAUAAAAUUGUCGUGUUUGGCCCACGGGCUGAAAGUUCUUCGGGGCUGCUUUGCAGAUUUAUAUGCAAUUCAAUCUGCACCUCUUGUGGCCUACGUUUUGAACAGGAGCUUGUCGCUAAAAUGAAGAUGCAGACAAACAUAAGAUUUGAACGGCAUGAAAAAUUCAGCUGUCAGUGAAGUAUUCAUUUCAUUCAUUUAUUCAUUCAUUUUCCGAACCGCUUGAUCCUCACUAGGGUCGCGAGGGGUGCUGGAGCCUAUCCCAGCCGUCUUCGGGCAGUAGGCGGGGAACACCCUGAACCGGUUGCCAGCCAAUCACACGGCACGCAGAGACGAACAACCAUGCUCACCUCGGGACAAUUUAGCGUGUUCAAUCAGCCUGCCAUGCAUGUUUUUGGAACGUGGGAGGAAACCGGAGUACCCGGUUCUCCCCAGGCCUGGGGAGAACAUGCAAACUCCAAACAGGGAGGCCGGAGCUGGAAUUGAGCCCGGUACCUCUGCACUGUGAAGUCGACGUGCUAACCACUGGACUACCGGGACGCCCGUAUUCAUUUCACAAUAUGUUUAUUAUUGUGGUUGUAGAGGUCAGUAACUGUAGUGUUUCUCUCAUAGAGCUAAAUAAGGAACCAAAAACCCCAAAAGUAUGUCGAGUCCAGUGCAGCUCUGAACCAAUUAAAACUACAAGCCCACUAUUUGAAAGCAAUCCUGUCAAAUGAUCACCUCAUACUUGCAUUCAUUUUCUUCCAUGAUUAUGCUCACUUACU